UUGAUGCGCCGAGUAAUCUUGUAGAAGUUUACAAACUUGUCAAAGAUCCAUCCUGCGUCCAUCAUCAGGGCGAUGACUCGCCUCUCUCGACUCAUUCUGCUACGAGACUGCACGGUCCAACAACCCUGAAGUCAGUCUUUUUAGAGAUAUAGAAUGUUUUGCUAAAUUGUGGAGUAGAAAUAAUCGGUGCUUAAAAGUAUUGUGUAAACAUAUCGUUGCGUAACCGAUUUAUGGUUUGCUUUGAAUUAUUCGGUGGCAUCAAUCGAUUACAAUUAUGGCUGCUACGACGUUAAUCUGUGGCUGUUAUGGGUUAAUUUAUGGUUAUGAUAUUGUUGUAGAAUGGUUUUGAAGUUUGUGAAAUGUUUCAUAUUAGCUACACAUUUUCUGAAUAUUAGGAACGACAACCAUGAGCGGUGGAUUAGUCCCUAGUAAAAGUACGGUUUAUGUUUCCAAUUUGCCAUUCUCUCUUACAAAUAAUGAUUUACACAAAAUAUUCGAAAAAUAUGGAAGAGUUGUCAAGGUUACAAUAAUGAAAGAUAAAAUAACACGGAGAAGCAAAGGUGUUGCAUUUGUUCUGUUCCUGAAACGGGAGGACGCACAAUCAUGUGCCAAAGCUAUAAAUGGGCGACAAAUGUUUGGCCGCACACUUAGAAGCAAUCUGGCAAUUGAUAAUGGGAGAAGUGUUGAGUUUAUACGUCGUAAAUCUUAUCCUGACAAAUCACGAUGCUAUGAAUGUGGUGAAGACGGCCACUUGAGCUAUAAGUGUCCAAAGAAUGCACUAGGUGAAAGAGAUCCACCUCCUAAGAAAGAGAAAAAGAAGAAGAAGAAGGAAAGUCAUAAAGAUGAAAAAAGUCAGAAUGAAGAAGAAUUUGGGAGUUCAGAUGAAGAUUAUUGGUUAGAAAGCACACAGAGUAGACAUAAGAAGAAGAAAGAAAUUUUGGAAGAUGAAGAGGAACCAGAGGAAGAAGUGGAACCUGACAUGGAAACCCUUAGUGCAGUUAUAAAAAUUGAGCAGGAGCAGGUGGAGCUGGAUGAGUACCGGUAUAAAGUUGCAACAGGACACUAUGAAGACACUACAGUUUCAAGCACCAAGCCAAAGAGAAGAAUCAGACCAAGCAGCUAUUUUAGUGAUGAAGAGGAUGUAAGUGAAUAACUGUGAUGGAAAUGACUUUAAUAUGGAUGCAUGUCAGACUAAAGUUCUGCAAUAUUAUAUUCAAUUCAAUUCAUUUGUUAAAGUGCUUGACAAAAAUCAAAGAAGCCAAUAACAGCCAAGCACUAACAACAAUACAAACAUUACAAUACAAAAGCAAACAAACAAUGAACUGAA